AUGGACAUGUUCCAGAGCUUCACAGAGGGAGAACUCAAGCAAGUUAUCGGGGCCCUGGUGGAACGGAAGGCCCGGCGGGACGCCAGCGAGAGCAAAAGGACAAAGCGCGCCCGGAAGGGGACUCGCUGCUCGCUGCAGAACCGCGAGGUGACCGUCAGUCAGCUGGAGCUGGGCUACGAGAGCGACGAGAUCGUCCUCUUCAGCUACUGCAGCGGCAAGUGCUCGGCCAGCCGCCGCAACUACGACAUCACGCUGGCCUCCAUGAAGGAGGGGCUGCGCGGCCGGCGGGAGAAGGUCCGCCACAACCCCUGCUGCCGGCCCACCUCCUACGAGGAGGACUUUGCAUUCCUGGACAACCACAACAGAUACCAGACCAUCAAGGAGUGGUCAGCCAGUAAGUGUGGCUGCGUGUAACCCAACCCCCCCCGGAGGCCGCAACUCGACCCCCUGAUACUGUAUCACUCCCUCUGGCAUACCAGAGGACGGACUGAGACAGCGAGAGGGGGACGCAUCCGAAGAGAACACUGUACAGUACAUCUGAAACCAUUAACUCUCCUGGUCUUCUAAAGACAAAAAAAAAAACAUGUGUGUUUUUCAUUGCCUUUGUUGAAAUAUGUUUUCUCUGAAACUGUUGAGCCAAUACA